AUCAUUUCCAAUAUUCCAGUGUAGGAGAACCAGCAGAGGCAGAGAACUAAUGGGAACCAUGGGAAUAUCACCACCCAGCUGCGUGUGGGAACCAAUACGUUAAUCAGACUCUAUGUAUCAAACUGAGGAACUCUUUUUUUUGGUCAAUGAAAGACAAACGAUGAAAAAUUGCUAAUAAAGGCCCUCACCUUUGAAAAUAUAGAACAUAUCCUGAUCCCCUCCCCCCUCCUUUCAGCUGGCAUCUUUCCGAGUCGGAUGACUCCGAAUGACAAGAUGCAGUAAUGGAAGUCCACACGUUAUUCAGUACUGUAGCCAUGAAGCAGCUCAAAGGGUAGGGUCUGCUGUGAGCUCGCCUCACCCUGCCCACCCACACCCCCUUUUGCUCCACCAGAGAGCAGAGUCCCACGUUGAAACCUAACCUUGUGGUUCCUCCCUUCUUCUUCUUUAACCUUCCCACCACAACCUCCACCACGGCUUUGGACGACGGAACAUGACGCACAUUGCAAAAACACUGGUUAAUGUCUGAUACAUAUACCUCUGUGGUGUCGAGUGUAAAACCAGUGGAGCAAUGAAUGGCGGAAAGGACUGUGAGGCGGGAGAUGAGCGGCAGGCCGUCCCUGUCCAGGUCCCCAUUGGCUGGCAGCGCAAGGCGGAGCAUGGCAGCAGUGUCGCGUAUGUAAGUCCCAGUGGCUCGGUGCUGUCCAGCUUGGAGCAGGUGAAGAGCUACCUGCUGACAGAUGGAACCUGCAAAUGCGGCCUGGAGUGCCCGCUCAUCCUCCACAAGGUGUUCAACUUCGACCCUGGGGCAGCUGUCAAGCAGAGGACAGCUGAGGAUGUGAAGGCAGAUGAAGACGUGACCAAACUCUGUAUUCACAAGAGGAAGCUUUUAGCUGUGGCCACGUUGCACAAGAGCAUGGAGACACACCCGCCUCUGACACUGACCAGUCCAGGAGGAGGUACGUCGUCAGUGGUUGCUGUGCAUUCCACAACUCAACGAGCAAUAAGGACUAAACCCCAUGAUGGCCCACCCAAUGCCAUUGGCCCUGACUGCAAGCAUACGUUCAAGAUGAUGAUGGCAGCUGGACAACAGCAGCAGAGGUUGUAUCCACACCAGGAAGUGGGUGGAGCCCAGCAGCCUGAGCUCUACUCUGGAUACUCCAGGGGACAGAGGCUGGGCAGUGGGGAGCCUGGCCCUAAAUCCCCUUAUCGGGCUGGGUAUGGAGGCAUGUUAAGCCCACCUCCCUCCAGUGCUAAAUUAUAUGGAGAUGGUUCGCAGUCUCCUGUUGCAGAUACUCUGGGUAGCCCUGAGGGCUUUCCAAGGACCAAUCCUUGUGGGUUUCCAGGAGCUGGUAGCCCUGGCUCAGCUGCCAUCCAUGGGAACACAAGGACACCGCUUUCCCCACCCACUGUAAUGCUCCACGGCUCUCCUGCAGGACAGCCAUCCUGCGCAAUGACAGGAAGGACUAGCACACCUCUCUCCCCUACCGCCACUGCCAAAAGCCCUGUCAUGAACAUGGCCAUGCCACGGGGAAACUUUCCCCCUGGUAUGGAUAUUCCCCGUGCAGCAUUUCACCAUAAAACACAGCCUCCCGUGCAUCCUGUACCACCCCCUCCAUCCAUACCACCACCCUGUGCUCUUCAGAAAAGGCAGUUAACCUCUGAAAAGGACCCCUUAGGCAUUUUAGACCCCAUCCCCAGCAAGCCAGUCAGUCAGCCCCCUGCCAAUGCCCCCAACCCGUCUAACUUCCAGCCUAACAUACACUCUCAGGUACCAAUGAUGAAUGUAAACAUACCCCCUCCUGCCAUCGUUCCCUUGCCAAGCAAUUUACCUUUACCCACAGUGAAGCCUGGGCCUGUGGGGCAUGGUGGGCAUGUGCAAAGGACUCAGCAGGGUGGUCCAGCUUCCUCCAUGUCUCCUUCCCCUGUCACAUCCCCUGUCCACAUGACUGGGCCUGCACUUGUGAGGAUGGAGGUGUCACCUCAUCGCUCACGUUCAUCCUCCACCUCCUCAGACCAUGGAAACUUUGCAAUGCCCUCCGGGCACCAAGCCCCAUGUGGCACCAUGAAGGUCCCCCCUCGUUCACCCCGGUCAACUAUGGGGUCUCCCAGGCCAGCCAUGCCCUCAAGCCCCUCCACCAACAAAAAUGACGCACUCCACCAGUACAAAGACUCCCAGCUGCUGCCCGGGAUGGCAAACUCUGUUGGCACCCAUCAGCACAGCAAUUCCAUGUAUUCGCCCACUUCCUCGUCAUCGUCCUCUCUGGCAACCCCUAGCGCUUCCCAGAAGGGCCACCCUGGACUCCUUGGAAUGCCCCUCAACCAGAUCCUCAACCAACAGAAUGCCGCUUCCUUCCCUGCCAGCAGCCUCCUCUCAGCUGCAGCCAAAGCACAGCUAGCAAAUCAAAACAAACUCAGCACUGCUGGCAACAGCACUGCUGGCAUGGCUGGCAGUGGUGUUGGUAUGUCAGGCAUAGGGGCAGGUGGCGGUGGAGGUGGGGGUGGGCACCCUGGCUCUAUGAGUGGCCCUCGAAGCAUGGAGGGACACAGCACUUUAAACCCCAUGCUCCCGCCAAACUCCACCAUGCUGCUCAACACUCCUGAAGGUCAGAGUGGUCGGGCAGCUCUCAGAGAUAAACUCAUGGCCCAGCAGAGGGAUCCCACGCGCAAACGGAAGCAGUCGUCUGGCAGCACUGUAAACCACGACGGCGGAAACAUGGUCUACAGCAUGCUCAACAAAGCAGGCAUGGCGGGACCACACAUGCUCGGACCCAGUGCCACCGAGCAGCUACGAAAAGUGGGCCGAAUUGGAAACCUACACCCAAAUACCUCCAUGGCUCAGCUUCUCCAGUCCAUGAGCUGCCACAGUUCUCAUAACCUGGCUGGAAACGGCCAUCGUCCAGGUCUUAGCCCCGGCCCAGGGUCUGGCCCUCAAGGAGCGGCACAGCUUCACUACAACGACAGCACGGGGAUGAUCACUGGUGGCCCUCAGCAGAACGUCCUAGUCCAGCAGAGGCUGCGGGGUCCAGGAGAUGCCAUGCAGAACUGCCAGAAUAUGGACACCUCUGGGAGCCAUUUGAUCUCUCGUCCAGGCCAGUUCCCUGACAUGAUGCCUCAGAUGCAGGUCUCCACCAUGAGUAACUGUGGACCUAUGGGGCCAGGCGGUGGGCCAGUGGGACCUAAUGGCUUACCGCUAGUACGCCCCAACACUAACCCCCCACCACUGUCACAUCCUGGCCCUCACCCAUCACAGCUUCAUUGUAUGGGACGGACUAACAUGGUGGUACCACAUGCCGGUGGCGAUGGAAGCUGCAACCAGACCGUCUCUGACACAGGAAACCCCUCAUCAAUGGGCUGCGGGUUGGGCGCCAUACAGCCGCACAUAAACGCAGGCGGAGGUCAGGUGUACCAGCAGCAUAUCCACCAGGGCAUGCAGCAAGGGGUGUCCUCACACUCAGCCUACCAGGGGCCGCAGCACUUCCCAGAAAACCUGCCCUACACAGAUGGCAACAGCGCCAAUGCCGGCUCCAUGGCCUGCCUCUAUCAGAACUACCAGCAGGGGAUGUUGCAGCACUCGCAGUUUGGGGAGGAGCAACAGCCUCAAGGCGAAGGACUGCCAUCAGGUUCUGACAGGGGUUCUGGUGGAGGCCCAGAAGUAGUGGACGCCAUUUAUAGAGCUGUGGUAGACGCCGCCAGCAAGGGCAUGCAUGUUACCAUCACCACUACAGUUAGCGGGACCACACAGGCGAGUCCGGUGCCUGCCCUCAGUGCCAUGAGUGCCUUCACUGCCUCCAUAGGAGAACCGGUCAACCUCCCGCAAGCAGUUAGUGCAGUCCUGCAUGGGCACCAGGAAGGAGAGGCGUUAACCCAGCAAGCCAGACCCAGGCAUGUGAGGCCGGGACGUGGUCAGAAGACUAUGGAUCCGGGGAAGAGCACUCCAGAUGGUCCUGAGGCCAAUGACUACUUUCGUUCCCCUGGUCGUGGAACUCCAAGAGGACAGUGGGACGGGGAGACACAACACGGGGGAGGCUUCGACACUCACGGCAACAACAGCACCUGGGGAGGUGAGGAGUUUCUGGAGUGCUCUACACAAGUAAGAAGUAGUCCCUGCAUGGAGAGACCCGCAAGUCUGGCCCCUGCCCCACCUUGCCCUAUUGACGGAUCCAACGACCAUAGCCUGGCCAUUGGCCAUGAUAAGGUCUUUCUUGACGAUGGUUACCGGUUCAACAACUGCAGCCGGACUCCUGCUAACUACAAGGAACGCCUGGAGCAGACGGUGGAACGCUGCGCCCACAUCAAUGGCACCACCCCCCAUUUUAACACUCGGGUUUACGGAGAAGUUCUGGGCCCCCCACGGCAGGAGCUGACGGGGGACGACCAGUCGCCCAGUUCCUCCACUAGCCUCGAGGGACCUCUGGCCACACCCAAAGACUAUAGCCACUACAAUGGCCACUUUAACGGUAUGGCGCCCAGCCCUUCAGACACAAAGAGCCUGAGCAGCGAGGAGGACCUGCGGCAGCCAGACUCUCCCUCAUCAGAGCUGCUUCACUACCGGUCCAGGACCUUCAAUAUGGGAGAGCUGGUCUGGGGCCAGCUGAAGGGCUUCCCACCCUGGCCUGCCAAGUUGGCUGGGGACGAACAAGUGCACAGCGCUGCUAUGCAGCUGCGAGAGCAGGCCAAGGUAGAGCCAGAGAAGCUAAAAACACUAACUCAUGACUUGGAGGCGCUUGAUCGAGCUGCCAAACGAGGCCUGAAACCGGGGAAACUGAAUAAUCACUUGGAAGCUGCUAUCCACGAGGCCAUGAGCGAGCUAGAUAAGAUGUCGGGCACGAUCCCGUCAAUGGAUCGUCAAGUGAAGCUCCCCAAGCCCAAGAGGAGGAAGAUAUCAAGAUAACAUUGAAUGUGUUGGCCCAAGAACGUCCACAAAGCCUUUGGAGACCUCUUCCAUGCAGCCUUGAUGCGAUCUGAGCUUCUAACAGGUGCUACACAUGGACUUUCAAGUGGUACAUCGAUGUUCCUUAAUAUCAACUUGACUUUUGACUGACCACAGAAGGUGCUGGAAAUUCCAAUCACCAAUACAGUUUUAACUGUAGAGAAAAAAUACAAAAAAAUCAACAACAAAAAAAAAGAAAAAAAAACAAAAACAUCAGAAACAGUUUCAAUUUGUCUACAGCUCACUGAAUUAACUAUUUUUUUCUAGUAUAAGAUAGUAAAAUAAAAAAAAAAGCUACAAGCAUUACCUUACAUAUUUAAGAAAAUAGACAGUCCAAAUAUUUCUGAUACAUUUUCAAUAUGUAUAUAGAUAAUCCUGUAAUUUCAUGCUAUUAAGAAUUGUAUGUAAAUAAUGUACAAUAUCAUGUACAAGCGUACCUAAUGCACAUUUUAUCUUUUAUUGUACAAAAACAAAGCAGAAGAAGUGUACCAAUGUCUUGGUUUCUAUUCAGAAGUGCGGCUGCAUACGGCCGCUUGCAUAGGAUAAAUAAGAAUACAGCCUAAAGCUUUUAUAUGAUGAACUCUAAGUCGUGCUGUUUUUCCUUUUUUGUUUGUUUUUGUAAGGGAACAGGCAGGAGUAUUUGAAUUCUCCAUUACAUCAGUCACUUCACGCUAGUUAAGUGUUGGUUUGUACUUGGGGAUAAAAAGAUAUCAAACAGAAUGAACUUUACCAGCAGGAAGUGUCAGACGGGUCAAUCUUCCUCCACUCCAGCAGCCGCCAGCGUCACACGAAAAUCCUGAUUUCUGGAGUUUUGAUUUUAAGAAAUAGUCUGGUUGGCUGGUGAAGUUUCGGAGCUGUCUACUUAAAAACAGUUUUAAGAAGGAAAACUCCACCCUCGGCUUAAUUUUUUAAGACGACAAUGACCCUGUACCGUUUAACGUGCACACAAACACACAGUCUGAACCUCUUCUCAGAUGUAUUUUUACUUCUCAUUAGUACAAAUUCAUGAUGAAACAUGCCUCAGACACUCUCCUGUUUAUGGAAGUAGUAGAAUUGAACUCGGAUAUUUUAGCCCAGAGUUUAGUUUGGGUGGAUUUUUCCCUUUGAAGCACGAGUCAGCGGCUGUAUUGUCAAUGUUUGAAACUUGGUUGCUGUGAUUAUGUUCUUAUACUUGUUUGUAACGUCAUUUUUUCCCCCUCUCUUCCUCCCUCCGUGACUUGUCAUCUUUUUCACAACUAUAGCUUUAGGUAGAGUAACCAACCUCAGAGUCGGAGUCUAGAUUUUGAAAAGGAACGCUAAUUCCAUGAAAGCAUUUCUUGCAUCUAGGGGCCUUUUGUUUGUCUUGCUUGUUGAUGUAAAUUAUUUAUGUACAGUACUCCAUAUUUAUUUUAAGCUUUACAAAUAUGCUAGAUGGCAAUAAUACUACCAUGAGUUGAGAACUCAAGCCUUAUAUGUGUAUAUGUAUGUUUCUCAGUUUGUUUUUUUUAACAGGUGAAUAGGUCUUGUAUCCAGAGGUGAUUACAAAUGUCAUAUUCCCUUUUUAUUUAAGAAAUGAGCAUUGCAGAUAACACUUAUUGUUUCGUUUUUUUUACAGCAAGGCUUUCAGAUUGCUUGUGUUACAGAUUGUGUCAUGGGGGUUCUUGGGUGAAAAUCAUGUUAUUUAUGGAUAUGAGCCUCCAAAAAAGCAGAUUUGGGGGUCGUAAAUGCAGUUCUAACACUACCGACUGAAAAUCAGUGACAGUACUGGGAACUCUGGAUCAACUCGUGUGAAACGGACGCACGCAAACGGCUGCUCUUCCAGAUCAAAACCAACCAAUAGCAAAGUGAAAUCACUACCGAAUUAUCAAGUGCAAUAAACUGAUCAAUGGCAAAGAUCAACUGCUUAGAAACGCUGCAUCUUUGAUUGUUUGAACCCUGUUCUUUACACAUCUGACUGUCAUUGUGCCUGUUUUCUCCUUUGAUGUGCUCAUCAAUGUGUCACUUUUGUUUUUUUCUUCAUGCCACAUGGAUUAGUGGAGUUCCUUUAGCCUUUUUAUGUUGAAGAAACAUCUGAUCCUCAUCUUAAACCUCCUAAAAAUUCCAAGCAAGUGUCAUAAGAAGAGAUUUCCCUCAGUAUUAGCAUUUUUGUCAAGGACCCGGCUAUUAUAAAUGUUCAAAUGCAAACAGCUUUAUGACCUCGAAGCCAAAUAAAACACUACAUAAUUUGAAAACUUGACCUUUUUUUUCCUCCCAGACGGUAAGAUGUUAAAACACUAAUACCAACUAAUUUUCAGCAUGCAGACAAGCUUUACAGCCAUCCUCACAUUCAGCUUUGAGUCAUUUUAGCAACUCUUUCUUUGUACAUGUUGAAAAAAAUCUGACAUCUGCAGAUUUACUGAAGACUGUGCAAAAAUCUGGUUUUUAAAUUCCUGUUUUUUCUGUGUGUAAUUGGGAGAUCGGGCAAAAAAACUUCCAGCUGUUUUUUAUUUAUUAAUUUUUUUAAAUGUGACGUUUGGUUUUGAGAACACAUGAGCUCUUUUGGUAAAGUUCAUUCUGCUCUUCUGUCCCGUUUUUUUAUUAUUUCUUUUUAGUGCAAUGACAUGCAGGAACCUGUUCUUGUGUCAGGAAUCCAUGUGUUCUGGAUUAGCUCUAUCAGUUUCAUGCUGUUUGUGGUUCAAGAGGUCAAAGCAUAUUUGUGUUUUGAGGUGGUCUGAGCAGUCUAUUUUUCUUCCUUCUACCUGUGUUUGUGUGUGUUGAGGUGUGUGUGAGAAUUUAAUUUUUUCCAAGUGAACUUGUUUUUCUGCUCUUUCAAUUUCAUCUCCCUCUUUCCACCCUUUUGUUGUCAGUAUUUUGUUUCCUCAGCUUGUAAUUAAGUAUAUAUUUUCUUGAUAAUAUAUACUUUACAAAAAAUAGACUUGCGUGAAGUAUGAUGUGCACUUGAUUGCUCUUAUUCUUUUUUGCAUUAAUGUGGGCUAGGGAUAGUUUGUCAGUCCAUUAUUUUGAGAUUGUUUGGACUUUUUUUUAAUGGUUUGAUGUAAGCAGCAUUUUUUUGUAAAUAUUGUGAAACAUUACAGGUCAUGCAGUGAUGUAACAUUUUGAAUAAUGUUGCACAGAUGUUUAAGAUAUUAAAAACAUGUUCACUCUUA